GUGAGUAGCUUACAAAAGCUUAGCAUAGGCGUAGCCGCGUAGGUGCUUAAGUGGUGUGGGAUAGACAAUUGCGUGAUAAGAGCCGCAAGGCUCUUGCUUGAACUUCAAUAAUUUGAAAAUGGAAGCUUUACACGGUCUUAGCUAUCCUUCUUUCUUCCCUAAAGUCGUCCAUGGCAAUUGUUCGCUGAAGAAAUGGCGGAAUCGUUGCAGUGUCACCGCUUUGAGCGGUGAUGAUGAUUUACUAUUCAAAGCCUCCCUUCGUUCCGCUACUCUUCGUUUCCAGGAGACCAAUCGUCCAGAUCCUCUUUUCCAUGAUCCUUAUGUGGCUUGCUUGGUUCCUGGUAAUACACCUAUCUAUACCGAACAGCAUGUACACCGUUACUGCCUUGCUACCAGGUUCAUUGAUGAUACCUUGCUUCAGACUUUGAGAAACACAGAAGAAUUGAAACAGGUUGUUUUAUUGACAGAUGGUGCGGAUACGCGUGCAUAUCGACUUACUUGGCCAAACUUUACAUUGAUAUUUGACAUAUCACGUGUUAGAAUCUACUGUGAAGUGUCCCAAAAGCUUCGAGAUAUUGGAGCUCAGAUCAAUAGGACCUGCUUAUUGCUCCAUGUGUCCUCGGAGUCUUCUAACAUAGCAGAAGAACUGCGGAAGAAAGGAUUUAAUGGUAACCGCCCAAGUUUAUGGGUUCUUCAGGGAUUGCCUCUAACGACACUGGCAAAUUUUGAAGAUGUUUUAUGUGCUGUUGGUAGUUUAGCUAUGAAGGGAAGUCUUGUAAUAGGAGAACUCCCUGCCUGGUUAGCCGGAACUGAUUUUGAGCAGAAGAUUAGUCAAAGAGAAUGGAUGCACACGCUUUUCAUGCGUCAUGGAUUUCAGGUUCAGAUGAUUGACUGUGAAGACGUAGCUAAAAGUUUAGGGAGGAAACUAUCAAGAGAAACCUCGAGCAAUAUGCUCUUUGUUGCGGAGCAUUUGCGAUUUUCAGAUGAUCAGAUGGAGAUGUGGCAAAGAGAAUUCCAAAUGGCUGAAGAAGAUGGUGAUGAGGAAGGGUUUGAGGAUUUUUAACCAUAUUCGAGGAAUUUACACAAUAUAGUCGAAUACAAUCAGCCUUUGAAAAUGGAAAGGAUUGAUAAUGUUCUGCAUUGUAAGGAUUGUUUUGUUUCGACAGGUUCCUGUUUGUGUUAUAGAGAAAGCAAUGGUAUAUGGUAUCCCAUAGACUUGUGCGCUGGUCAGCUUAAUAGCAUUUGUUAUAAGUUGUAGUAUGAUAGUGAUCCGUUUUGAAUUACUGAUUUAUGUUUUCCGAUCUUGGUGCUGAAUAGAGUUAUCGACCUUUUGCUUUUGUAAAAAAACUUGUUUGAGUUGAAGUAAAAAUUAGUUGAAAUGUUUGUCAUAUAAAUAUAAGUGAAUAAUGAAUUAAUUAACUGAGAAUUAUAGAUU